AUACAACGCAAGGCCUCGUCGCGCGUACUGUCAUUGUUCGUGUAGCUCGUCGUCGCGCCGUGUGUUUACGUUCUAGUUUGCUACCCGCCCGGAGGGGGUGUCAUUUUUCGCUGAUGCACCACAAGAUCGAAAAUCGGGCACUAGUCGCGAACUGUACGGGCUAUACGUUGAAGAACCUCCACCGGCACAAUAUAGUUGGCAAAGUGUGUGCAUACCUUGGAGAGAAAGGGUAGAAGUGUACGUGCGACGGAUUCCGAUGGAGACGCAUGAUAGUUGGACGAUAACACAUGUGCUGUGGUAGUGUGCGAGUGUUUAGAUAGGCACUUUUUACAUCGCGUAUUGACUCGCCGACUCGCGGCUAGUGUGAUUUUAUUGAGCAGAAGACAAACAACAGACUGGAGGACAAAUCUAUUAGGCCGGCGAAUGUAUAAUGGAAUGGCAUUCGAUAUCUGACCAAUGAGAAUCACCAUUAUUAAUAUUGCGAAGGGGUUUGCCGUAACAUAAACGCUUAGUGGUAGACGGUGAACAAAUAGCUUAACGACUACAGCUAGUCUUAUCUUCAUGAGCCCUGGGAGAGGGUUAUUUAUCUUCUGAUUGCACCGCACCGUUGAAGUAUUGCGAAUCGCUAUCUUCAACGAGCGUCGCAUCCUCCUUUUCCCGAUUGCUGGCGGGGACGAGCUGUCCCAAUGCUAGCACAUCCGCACAGUGUGUGACGGACUGCAGAAUGGCACCGACCGAAAACGGGACGACCGAUGUUGAGCAGGCAAUCGGAACGCCCGCGUUGGGCGUUGAGGACGAAGAACGAAAGGAUCACCAUGACAACGAAGCUCAGCCGCUCUCGAGGGGCGAUGGAUGCGAAAAGCUGACAGCCUCAAACGAGACGAACAAAGCAACAACCACGUCCAUUGGCUGGAAGGAUGGCUAUCAGCAGAUACUAGCGACCUGUUUGGUGAAUUUGAUAGUUGUCCAGGCAGGUAUCAACAUGACCUACUCGGCCAUUCUGCUGCCUCAGCUCUCCGAGCCAGACAGCCCAAUACUGAUUGGGCGCAACGAAGCGUCCUGGAUAGCGUCCGUGGUGACGAUUGCUCUUCCACUUGGAUCGCUCGUCGUCGGUCAGCUGAUGGAUCAGUUCGGACGGAAAAAGAUCUCACUCGCAACGUGUGUUCCGUUUGCUGUGGGCUGGAUUUUGAUUGCCGGUGCGUCGAACGUUGGCAUGAUCUACAUCGCUCGCAUCAUCCUGGGAACGUCCGGCGGUCUCACCACGGUGGCCCUGGUGUACGUGAGCGAAAUCUCGCACGUAUCCCUGCGUCCGAUGCUGCUGUGUGCCAACAGUGUGUUUGUUUCGUUCGGGAUUUUGCUAACCUGCGUUCUAGCGGUGUUCUUCGAUUGGCGAGCAAUAGCGUACAUUUUCGCUGGAUUCUCAGUGGUAACAUUUUUGCUCAUCCUGCUUAUUCCCGAGUCUCCCCACUGGCUGGUGACGUUUACCAAGAAAGAUCCCACCAAAGCUCGGGCUGUUCUGUGCUGGCUGUAUCGCAACAAGAAGCUGGCCGAGGAACAGUUUCAGCAAAUUGCUGCCAACAGUACGCCGACCCGUCAGCCGCCACACGUUACGAACGGGAAAGCAAAGUGUGCCAUAAACUCGCUAUCGUUGAAAGUGUUCCUGCAGCCGCGCGUUUACCGGCCGAUGACGAUUCUGCUGCUAGUGUUCCUGUUUCAGCAGCUAUCCGGUGCGUACGUGCUCAUCUUUUACGCCCUGAACGUAUUCCAGCAGAUCAACGAAGCAACGCUAGCACAGGGCGAACAGGGCGCCAGCUUCAAUCAGUACACUGCGCUGGUUGUGUUGGGCGCGAUUCGCUUCAUCAUGUCGAUCAUCACGUCGGGCUGCUCGAGAAGGUAUGGCCGCCGGCCAUUGCUCUGCAUCUCGGGCCUGGCGAUGGGCGCUUGCAUGACGAUCGGUGCACUGUAUCUGGAUUUAUUGCACGACCGUUUGGGCAGUGCAGUUGUUGGCAGCUACCUGUUGCUUGCGUGCGUUCUCGGAUACGUGUGUUUCAGCGCUCUCGGUUAUCUCGUACUACCCUGGACGAUGAUUGGGGAACUGUUGCCCACCGAUGUUAAAGGGAAGCUAGGAGGGCUGACUGUAUCGAUUGCGUACGUGCUGAUGUUUGGUGUGGUCAAGAUCUUUCCUUAUCUGCUCGAGCAGGUGGCAAUACGCGGCAUUUUCUACCUGUACGCUGCCACAUGCUUUGCUGGAGUGGCAUACAUCUAUUGCUACGUACCGGAAACGUAUGGCAAGAGCUUUGCCGAGAUUGAACGUUUCUUUACCGACAAGCACCAUCGGCGAAGAGGGGUCGCACAAACGGCUGGUCCUUAAGCUUAUACAAUAGCGAGUGUGUGUGUGUGUGUGUUUUUUUGUUUUGGUUUGUGUUAGUUUGGCCUUACAAUUAAGAUAGCUCGUGUUGUCCAUCUGUUUUGGACGUUUGGGCAAUAUAAAAUAGCAGAAGAGGGCAGGAAUACAUUUAAACUGAACAUUAAUCUUACGUACAACAUAUAGAACCCCAUCGGUGAUUGUGAUGAAGGCAAACAUUUGGCAUCGCACACACCGGGAGAAUAGGGCCCGGAGGUGGCGAUGGCACAAAUACGAUAGUCUUCCAAAUUUGCUUAAAUUAACACGAUACAAUACUGAACUUAAGUACCUUGAGUCGAAGCCAAAAGUGAGUGCUGAAGUAAUACAGCAAGAUUGUAAGGUUAAUGAUAUGGAAUAAGUGGUCUAGAUUAGCAAACAACCGGACGAGCAAUAUUGCUAAAGAACAAACUAAACCAAAAAAGAUGGGUUUGAUUUUGAUAUACAUACUUUGAUAUAUGCAAGCAUACCACCAAUUUAACGUUUUAUCUAAAAUAUAUCUAUAUUUACAAUGAAGACAUUAAAAAAGUAGAACAAAUAUUGUAUACCAGCAACACUGUUUACCGCGUCGUUUGAUGUAGGUUGAACCGGUGCUGGUUCUGUUUAUUUAGCGAGCCGUGUUUGAUUGAGCGUAUCUUAUCAGUCAGUCCCGUACGGCACUGCGUGGGAGUACCCCGAGAGCGAGACAAUUCAACAAUGUACAAAAUGUUGCAUAUCACUAAAAGCUUUUAUUGUUUGAAUAUGUUUUCCAUUGGAGCUGAUUUGUGCGCAAAGCAUUUCAUCAAGCAAUUAGAAAAAGAAAGAAAGAACCUAAGCUUAUGGGGGAAAGUCUGAUUGUGAUUGUCUAUUGUUUAUUGUGCUGUUGCACAUACAUAGUGGAGCAAACAAUAAUAAUACUAAUAAUAAUAAUCAGCACACGGUUAGAUUUGGUUGAUGCUGCAAUUUUCAUUCCGUUGCAUAGUGCCGUGUGUUGUCGAGUGCGGCGAAGCGUAAAGUUGAUAGAUGAAGAAUGAAAAGCACACGGUGAAUGUGGUGUAGCGAUAAAACUAAUAGCAAAAUCCUCCACCUCUUCUGUGGAAAGUUGAUCAAUCGUUCUGCAUUAUCAAAUGACAUCGCUUUGGAACGUUUGCAUAUUUUAUGCAACCGCGUACUUGCGCAGCUGCCACCCCCCCGGGGUUGCAAAAGUGCACGGGAAAUUGCGUGCGUUUUUCUUCUGUUUCUCUCUCUCUCUCUCUCUCUCUCUCUCUCUCUAUCUGCCUUUUUGUGUGCCGUGCAAAUACGAUACCGCUCGAUUGGAGCGAAAUAAUUCACGUUGAUUUCAUUUUCCCGUGAUCAAUUCCCUCCACGGGAGAUGAACUGGGAUUGUUUGAUUUAGCGAGAGCCGGAAAACUUUAUUUUUUUUACCCACCGUUGUACCUGUCCUUGCUUGAUAAAAUGGUUUAUCUUUUACGGGUGUAUGUGUAUGUCGUCUAAGUAUGCAACUUCGAAUGGGGAACAAUUUCAGCGCGCUGAUAGUUUAAUUGAAUUGAUUGAUGGCCAUUGAAUUUCUCUCCCCCGGCGUGGAAAGUGUUCAGCUAUCCAGAGCAGCGUUUGACGGAAUCUACUAGAUAAAAGUAUGAGGUGGAAAAAAUAUUCCAAUGUUUCUGCUAUGAUUGAGUACGCGUUUUAGAAAACUGCAAUUUAUCUACUUUAUUGAUUUGUGUGAUUGUGUGUGUGUGUGUGUGUGGUAGAAGGCGGCAAAAGUAUAGUGUUUAACGGUAGAUGUGAGUUGUAUGAAUAUUGUUUUUAGAAUAAAAGAAACCGGCUGGGAUCAAUCGAUUUGGACAAUAAACCCUGUACAACUCUUAA